GUUUUUAGUGACAACAGCUGGGUUACUAGCCAAACAUUUGACCAUAAAACAGAAUAAAGUGACAUUAUCUGAGUUUAUUUAUUUUAUUAAUAUCGAGGUUUUAUUUGUGCCAUGUCGUGUUGCAGCCUCGUGCACAGGACCCCUUCUUUCUGGGGCAAAUUAGUUCCUGCUUAAAUUAAGGUUAACAAGAGUAGAAAUGCACAGCUGCUGCAAUCUGUUCAAGACAUUUUCUGUGUUUUCCGUAAAGUUGGUAGCGGUAAGUUCUAUUGGAAGACGGUAUCCUUAAGCGUUUAAGUAAACGGAACCGCAGAAAAAGCGAGGUUAGUCGGAACUUGUCCACAGUCGUAUUUUGAGUAGUCAGUGGAGGAAACUGGUUCAUUUAAACAUUUUAGUGAAACGUUGUACUAACGUGAGCAGCUUGUGUCGACAACACUUUUUGAAACGUCUAAUUUGACUGAGUCAACACUAAAACAGCAGCAUUAGAAGUGACUUUGGUGGAACGUAAGCCCUAUGCACAGUAGCUUUGCUGUAAUUUGGUUUAGCCCAGCCAUAGGCUAUACGCUCAUCUGACGUUACAUUUAUGCCUACAGUAAAUGAACGACUAUGUUUGCGCUAUGUUACCGUGGAAUGAGGUAACAGGAUGUUUUGCAAUGACGACAGCAGUGAUAUUUUGCCAUUUAGUGCAAUGAACAACUUUUUUUCCCCCCAGUUAGUUUGAUAAGUAGACUAUUCACAGGUAGAGCUUAAGUGUUGACACAAAUGCACCUAAAAGAGCUGUCUGCCCUUAUCCAUUUCCAAGGUGCCCCUGUCUGGGUAUGUCCCACUCAGCCACAUUGCCCCCCAGUGUUGGGGCCACAGCCCCAGACACUCUGUCUCUUUUGCACCAACGUCUGCUGUUGGCUGAGCAGGAGGCUGAAGCUCUUAUUCGAGACAUGGGUGGCCUGGGAGUAUCCAGGGACCAAAUCUUGGGCUCUGCGAAGAUGAUGGAUGAGACUCAACGGCCACUAAGGCUUCUGAAGAAUAAUCAGGUCCAGGGGGAUGAGAGAAUGCUGUGGCAACAGUGUAAUGUUCUAGUGAGCCGGGUGUGUUGCAUGGAGAGUCUGCUCCAGACCUGUAAACUCUCCAUCUUCCAUCUAGAGACUGAGAGAGAGCUGGAUUCUUCUCACAUAGCUAAUCUGAAGCAGCAGCUGACAGCGCAGAAGCAGAAGAGUGAGGAGGAACAGCGGGCCUACAGGAGGGAAGUGGUGAAGCUCAGGAACCAGCUUCAGCAGGCUUAUCAGGAGAGAGAUGAUGCUCGCACUAAGGUGCAGAGGUUGCUGGAGACGAUGGAGGAAUCUGCUGCUGCAAAGAUCGAUGUGGCUUUGGCUGCUGAGGAGCUGAAGAUUGUCAAACUAGAGAUGAGUCAAAAAAUCAAGGAGAUGAAAGAGCAGAUGAGGCAGGAGACUAGCUGCUCUGCUGAAGUCAUGAAAUCUCACACAGAGCUUCUCCACCGGGUUGCAGAGCUGGAGAGAGCGGUGGCGAUGGAGAGCAGACAGGGUCUGCUGUUGCAGUCGGAGGCGCAGGCUAGUCGGCAGCAACUGAAGGAAGAAAAAGACAGAAACAGACAGUUGGAGAGCCGCUGUCGGCUGCUCAAAGAGCAAACAGCGGUGAAGACCUCCCUUGCGUCUGAGUUGGAAAUGGAACUAAAAAGGCAGCAAAUAGAAAACAGUAAAGUGCUGAAAGAAGGCAGAGACAUCAGAACUGCUGCCGGCAGACUCCAGACUUUGAAUAAACAGCUGCAAAGUCAAUGCUGCCAGCUCAGCUCUGCACUGCGUGCACUUAGAGUAGUGAAUGAACAGGAACAGUUUGAGCAUCAGGCUAAGUUACAGGCAGAGAGGAGGCAGGUCGUCAAGCAGCUGCAAGAGCAAGUCCUGCUACUGAGGGCAGCCAGACGAAACACUCAGACUGAGCUGCAGGUGGCGCUAGCAGAGAAAGUUUGCCUACAGAAGGAGCUAGAGAAGCUCAAAGGCGAACACACUCGGCUCCUCCAGAGUUUUUCCACUGCACGAGAGACAGCGGUCACUCACAAGGAGCUGCUUGAGCAAACCAUUGAGAGGCUGCAGGUGGAGCUGAGGAUGGCACAGAAACAGGAGGAGGCAGCAAGAAAAGACCUGGAGGCUUCAAGAAAUGAGAUCAGUGAGGUAGAGGCCUUGCAGGGUGUCAGUGGUUUUAGCGGGGGCGUUGUCAGUCAAACCCCUGAAAAUGUCCUGGCCUCCCGUACCAGACACCGACUCAGCAGCCAGACCCUGCAUCAGGAACUGGGGGGACAAGAACAGGGACUGGCUUCACUUGAGGAGGACAGGUUACAGGCACUGAGAGACAUCAGGAGCCACCAACUAGAGGUGGAAAAACUCCAGCAACUCCUGACAUCUCAGUCCAGGAACAACAGAGCUUUGGAGUCCUUGCAGAAGGGCUUGGAAGUAGCCAAAGCUGAUAACAGCAGGCUGGCCCAGAGUUUGGAGCAGGCUGUGUCGACCAACAGCAGUUUGCAUAGCAAACUGGAGCAAGCCAGAGACCAGUAUCAGGCCACCAUCGCUCUGAGAGAUGAGGAGCUGUGUGACGCUCGCACAAAGAUUAGCUGUUUGUCUGAAGAGCUGGGCGCCGUGAAGCAGCAACACAGAGAAAACUAUGAAUCUCCAGUGAAGACACUGCAUCAACAAAUUGCAGAGCUGAAAAUGGCAAUUAAGGAUUCAUCAACGGGGUCAGGUGACCAGUUCAAGGCCAAUCAGGAGCUCCAGCACAGGGUGUCAGAGCUGGAGCGGCUGGUGUCCAAACAGAAAGCUCGUAUCAAAGAGCAGAGUCGUCAGCUGAGGCAGCAACAGAAGAGCAGCUCUCAAAAGGCUGAGAAGCUGGAGGAGAGCGUCAGGAACGUGCAGGGUGACGUUCAGCUCCAGGAGAUCAACUCCUACCUUAUUAUUUAUUCAAAUUCAGUUGCCUUGAUUCAGAUGUCAUCAGAAAACUCAAGAGAUGUGAAUACUCCAAUAGCACAGGUUCAACUUCCAAAUCAGCUCCUCCAGUAG